GUGCGGCCUACCAGCUGGUGAGUGACGGAGUGUGUGUGUGCAGUGUGCAGUGUGCGAGUGUGAGGAGACACGGAUACAAUUUCAAGCUCGUCCCGGACGUGAUUGGAAGACUGUGACACCGGCAGUUGCAUUAGCCUGCAGCUGAGACUGCCUCUUACAACCGGCUCUUUGUUUAUUAUUGUUCUCCGUGCGAACUGUCGUGUCGUUGGAUAAGACUGCCUUUGCUCGUACGCAGUGCGCACAAAGUUGAAGGCCAUCGUAACAGAAUCUCCUGACAGUGCUAAAAUAGUGCUAUUAAUAGUAAGUAAUAGUCCUUGUCGGUGGCAGGUUGUAAGCCUACACUGCCAAUAAUUGUUCGUGCAAACUCUCCAGCAAGCCCACAUUAAAUUUCCGGGAAAGACUGACUUGCUGACUUGAGCUUGAAGACAGGUGCAUUGGACUGGACAGGUGACAGGUUCAGGGCUAGAGAAGUGCAGUAAGGUGGUUUUACUUUUCCUGCGAUAUGGCUGAAAAGGGCAACAAAUUAUGGGGUGGACGAUUCACAGGGACAGUUGAUCCCAUCAUGGAGAAGUUCAACGCCUCCAUCCACUACGACAAACGCAUGUGGAAGGCUGAUAUUGAGGGUAGCCAGGCUUAUGUAUUGGCUCUAGAGAAAGCCAAGCUGGUCACAGCGGAGGAGCGAGAAGACAUUUAUGAAGGGCUGGAAAAAGUCAAGCAUGAGUGGGAGGCAGGAACUUUUGAGAUUCGACCUGGAGAUGAGGACAUACACACUGCCAAUGAGAGACGACUGAAGGAAUUGAUAGGAUCAGCUGGUGGCAAGCUUCACACUGGACGCAGCAGGAAUGACCAGGUGGCCAUGGACAUGAGAUUGUGGAUGACCGAUGCAGUCAAGACGUUGACACGACAUAUCUGUGAGCUUGUCCGUGUCAUGGUCAGCAGGGCUGAAGUGGAAAUUGAUGUGCUCAUGCCUGGCUACACUCACUUGCAAAGGGCUCAGCCAAUCAGAUGGAGCCACUGGAUUUUAAGUUACGCAGCCAUGCUACAGAGAGAUGUGCAGAGAUUGGAUCAGCUCAGGGACAGGUCCUCUACCCUAGUGUUGGGCAGUGGAGCUCUUGCUGGGAACCCUUUUGAUGUGGACAGGGAGUUUUUAAGGUCUGAGCUUCAUCUGGAGAGGAUUUCCUUAAACAGUCUAGAUGCUGUCAGUGACAGAGAUUUUGUCGCUGAAUUUCUGUUCUGGGCGUCUUUGCUUGGAGUUCAUCUGAGUCGCUGGGCUGAGGACCUUGUGUUGUAUUCCAGCAAAGAGUUUAGUUUUGUCACUCUCUCUGAUGCCUACAGCACGGGAAGCAGUUUGAUGCCCCAGAAAAAGAACAGUGACAGUCUGGAGUUGAUCCGAGGCCGGGCUGGGAGACUCUAUGGACGCUGUACAGCUUUCAUGAUGACGCUGAAAGGCACCCCCAGUACUUACAACAAAGAUCUUCAGGAAGACAAAGAGGCCAUGUUUGAGUCAUAUGACACUUUGGUGGCCAUACUCCAAGUUGCCACUGGAGUUCUUUCAACAUUGCAGAUCCAUAAGGAGAACAUGAGCAAGGCUCUCAGUCCUGACAUGCUAGCCACUGACAUUGCUUACUACUUGGUCAGGAAAGGGCUUCCCUUCCGAGAGGCUCACGGUAUGGCGGGCCUGUGUGUGGCUCUGGCAGAGAAGAACGGAGUCCAGGUGUCCCAGCUGUCUCACAAAGACUUUCACAGUGUCAGUCCCCUGUUUGAUGAGGACAUCACCCAAGUGUGGGACUACAACACGUCGGUGGAGCAGUACAAAGCUCAAGGUGGCACUGCCCGGCCCAGUGUGGAGGGGCAGAUAACCAAGCUACGCACUUGGCUGGAGGAAACUGCGUGUCCGUAGUGAGCUCAGUCUGCUUGCAUCAUCAUUUAUCUAUAUAUAUACGUGUGGCAUUGUGGUGAAAUCAGGCGCCCGUCAAAAUAAUGAAAUCUAACAAACUGAGAAAUCUACGCUCAUUUGGCAUUUUAAAUUAAUUUUUUUUGGGGGGCUCAACACAUCUUACGUCCAUUUAAAAACAGUUUUCUGCGUGGAUUAUACUGAAAAGGAUUGGUGAAUGGUACAAAAAAUGUAAAUUUUUACAGUUUCCAAGGACAGUGAAGUGAAGCUUUGGAAAUCACCAAACUUUGACUGCCAUAUCAUCACUAAUUUUACCUUUGACACCAGUUGACCCCUACCUCAUUCAAUCAUAUAAUCUGGACUUUUAUUCAUGCUAUAAAAGUAUUUCUUUCAUCAAAAGCAAAACAAAAUGAACUGGCUGUACGGUAAUACCAACAACUCCAUAUUCCCAAAAAAAUUGACGAUCGCCUGUUUCUACCAUGUCCUGACAUGUAUAUUUUUGCAACUGACUUCUUGCUUUGUCGUUUUGGUGUAGGUCACAGUCGGGGUAUAAUAAUUCUUAGUAAGGGUGUCAUUGAUGAGUGAAAAAUUUGUCUCAAUUGUUCUUCUAGUCUAGAGUAAUUAUUAUGCCAUUUUAUUCUGUAAUUUUGUAAAAGUUUGCACUGUUGCAUACAGAAAACGUGAAGUGGAUUCCCAACUAGGGAAGUUUUGUUACCAAGUAUCAUGUUCUGAGUGUUGAGUUUUGUAUCUCAUUCAGUCUGGGUGGUCCCUGACAGGCGGGGGUCGGUUGAAGCAGCCCAUUUCCGUCUACAGGGAAAAAGGUUUUCUUGUUAUAGCCUGAAAUCAUGUUUUUGAAAAUUUUGCGACCGAUCGCAAUGUGUGAUAUUGUCUGUUUGUUCACUGUUUAUUCUUUUUGUUUAGCGCAAAGAGGUAAAAUUGUAUGAUUUAAAAUGUCCCAAACACUUAUGAUGUCUUUGCUCAACGUUAAUUCUUACAUCCAAAACGAAAAGUAAAAUUGCUCAAUUUUUCUGUUUAUUUCCACCCAUGCCUACUCUCUUAAAAAUUUUCGGGUUUAUUUUUUUAUCAGCAGCUGCUUUUGUCCCUGGAACCAAAAUGUAUCGAUGGGGGCGUAACUCACUCAUUAAUUUAUAAUGAAUCAUCAUUAAUGAAACUAGACUGGACUAGACUGAAAGGAAGCU